GAAUUCAAAGUGCAAUUUUGUCAACCAUAAAUAAUGAACUCUAAAAAGCAUAAAAGUAAAAAUCGUGCCAAAGUGAUAUCAUCAAAACCUCGUGCAGAAGUUGAAAAGAAAAGUGAUGAUGGUGCCGUAGAGAAAUUGCCAGAAAGUUCAUUAAACCCAGAUCUUACGCAAGACAAAAGUGACGUCACUAAAGCUACUGAAGAAAUUAAAGUUAAAAUAGAAGAAAUUAACGUUAAAAAUGAAGAAAUAUCUAUAGAAAAUGAAGAUAAGACUGAAUCUACCGCAGAAAUUACAUCGACUACAGAAACUCCGGUAAAACCAAAAAGAAAUAAAAAUAAAAAGAAGAAACAAGCUAUUACUGAAGAGAAACAAAAAGACACAAACAUAGAGGAAAGUCAAAAAGCCGUAAUUAUUGAAGAAAAUAGCAGUUUAUCCAAUGUUAAUGAAACUAAAAUAGAUGACGUUAAACCUAAUGCUCGUAAAAAGAAAAAUAAAGACAAGAAACAUGCAGAGAAACCCCAUGAAACCGAAAUAGAAUCCAAAUCUGAUAUAGACCUUCCAAAUCCGGGAAGUGUAACACCAAAUCAACAAAUGACAGAUGAAGAACCCUUUCAAAUCGAAGUUAAACGAAAUAAAAAGAACAAAAAGAAGAAACGUAGAAAUGACUCUGAAAAAUCGGAUAAGCCUGAUGAAGCGGUAUCCUGUACAACAGCUUUUGAAGAUUUGAUUGAGAAAAAAACCGAUAACGGAAAUACAGAAAUUGUAGAAAUAAAAGAUAAUCAAAAAACUUGUAAAGAAGAAUCCACGGAGUGUACAAAACCAGAAGUAAUGUUAUCAACAGAAAAUCAACAACCAAACGACAGUAAGAAUGCACAAGAAGAUGGUAAUAUCACUCACAAAAAGAAAAAGAAAGGAAAAAAGCAACUGCCUGAGAUAAAAGAUGAUAAACAAAAAGAUAACAAUGAGCCAAGUCCUGUGGAAAUUAACGACAAUAAAAGCGAAAUUUUAAAUACAGUUGAAUGUCAACCAAUUUGUGAAGAAAAGCCAAUUGAAGCCAAGGAUGAUGCCAUUGAAAUUACACCACUUAAAACUGAUGCAACUGAAGAAAUAAAACCAAAGGCAAUCAUUGCAAAACCCGUUCAGAAAAAACCGGUUCAAAGUUUGGAUUUAAAAAAUGUAACAGAAACAAAAAUUACUGAAAUUUUAGAACCUACAAUACUUGACAGUAAUAUAUCUAAUACAGAUAAUAAAGUACUUGACGAUAAUUUAAUUUCAACGAAUGAAUCGAUUAUUUUGCCUCCGAAAGAUUCCGAUGCCAGCCAAUUUGAAAAUGUCAAAGUUUUAGAAGAAAACACUUCAAAUAUUGAACUUUUUGAUUGUCCAACGGAAAAAUCAAUGUCAGAAAAGAAAUUAACAGACAAAUGUCAGAAAUGUACAAUCGAAACUGACACGCUUGAAAUAGAAUUAGAAUCUAAUGUCGGGUUCAACAUCCAAAUACAAGAUACUAAUGCGAAUAUUAAACAGGACGACCAACCAAAGAUACUCAAAGAAAUGCCCAGAAAAGACAAAUCAAAAGCAAAACGUCAAGUCAAAUGUUCUGAAACCGACGACUAUGACACAGGUACGUCGGAUGAAUCUCAUUACAAUAUUACCGAUCAUGUUCAAGGCCCGCGAUCGGUUAGCCAGCAGCUGCUAGACGAUAACAUACAAGAAGUUACAUCCAGGCAUUCUAAAAUGUCUAAUAUUCCAGUACCUUCUACCAUAGUACAAGAUUCUCGUGAAAAACCGUCACGUACAUCAACUAAGACUCCUGACGCCUGCGUACCAGAUACUACCCACCAAGAAAAGACUGAUUUAAAAUCCAAAAUGAUGGAAGUCAAUAAAGAUUUGGAACAAAUACGAAUAUCUUUGGAAAAAUCACUAGCUGAACUUACUGCGAUGAAAGAGCAGGAAGAAAAAAUGGCAAGAAAUGAUUGUGAUGUGGAAACAUCUAAAAAAAGUACACCAGAAAAAUCGUCUAAAGGAAUUAAUGCACCGAUACCAUCGAAAUAUAUCAAAUCGGUACAAUUAAAAACCAAAAAUGAUAACAUUGACAAUUCUGAUAGUACAACACCACCUAUUUCUCCAAGAAGAAAAGACCAGAAGUGUAGAGCGAAGAAGAAAAAAAGAGAGCAAGAAACUGUAUCGCAAACUGUGAGUGUUACUUCGGAAUCAAGAAACACGUCUACAAAUGAAAGUAAAUGUAAAGAGAAAAGUAACAGUUCAGACGAUAGAAGUCAGCAACAAUCUUCUUGUGAGAAAGAACGUAACAAAACGAUGUCCACAGAUGUGCAGUUCGAGCCCAUAGAAAAUUUUGAGGAUGCACUAACAUCGAGCGUUGAUGACGUAGAUGUUAACAGAACAUUUGAAAUAAUCGCCAGUGAAUUAAACCAAGGCGAUCAGCCUCAAAAAGAAUCAUUUAUAAGCAAACCUGAAAUCAAUAUAACUCCACCGCUAGACGAAGAAGAAAACAAAGGACAAUCAAAAAACUUAAAUCCCGUUUCGCAGCCAAAAAACUUAUUAGGCUGCCCCAACAUACCUGUACCAUCGAAUAAAACUGAUUACAAAAAGGAAAGGAACAAAACGCCUAAUGAACAACAAGCUAAAGUUAAAAUAAAAGAUUUCAUCAACAGCGAACUGGACGAUGAGUCAGCAAAGAAAUCAAAACAAUCUCAAACUGAGAGUAAAAUAAAAUUCAUAAAAGAUAAAAAUGAAAUAGAAUCUUUUUCAUAUGUCAACAACGGGAAUGAAGAAUACGUUUAUAAAUACAUAUUCAGAAAGGUUUAUUUAUCAAGUGUUUGUCAUAUUUGCAGAAAAGAUCUAAAACGAAAUCGAGUCCCUUGCAAAUUUUGCAAUUUACUCUUCUAUUGCAGUCAAAAGCAUAAAGACGAAGAUUGGCCGAGACAUCAAUCUUUGUGCUUUGCUGUCUCUACGAUAGUGCAUUUAAAAGAUCAGAAACACAUCUACAGCGACACACGGAAUGUAACAGGUCAAAACUAUCGUUUCAUUCGAAUGCAGAUGAUUCUCUCCUGUGAGAAAGUGCUGAAGAGAAAACUAUUGCCAUGGGAACAGGAGGCUCUCUUGUAUCCGCGGAUGUGUGCUGAUGUUACCUGCAGGGAGUGGCGACAGACAAAGCUAAUGGAUUGCGAUGGUUGUGGACAGGUAUCAUACUGCAUAGAGAAUCCUGAGCACUUACCGACAGCUCACAAACGCUGGUGCAAGCCGUACUCCCUUUACCAGAAGCUGGUCCUUCACCAGCAAGAGCACGGUAGACUGGAACCGCGGCUGCCGAGCAAAGUGAUGACGUACUACAGUAUACCGGACAAAUUAAACGAAGUGCUGGCUUCGAUAUAUGAAGAAAAAAUCGACAUGUCGGAUGUGCAGUACGCGGCGCUGACGCAGCUGGCCAGUGCGCCACUCACCGUCGCCUUUUGCCACCAGUUACACCGACACGCCGUCGAUGCCACUACCGUCACCGUCAACGGCCAUAAUAAAAGGUCAACGUUCACCGUCCAUCUGGUGGGUGCAGAGUUGCAGCUGGAAGCGGAUAACCUGGGCAAAUGGGAGGUGUUCCUAUUGCAUCUUAAGCCUGGACUAAAAGAGCUGCGAGUCGCUUUAGUGGGACAUGACCUUAAUGCUGCUAAUCUACCGCUGGAUUUAUUGGCUAAGAUUAGGUCGUGUGAGAACUGCCGUGUCAACAAACGACGAGUGUUGUUCAGUUUUCAAGAUAAGAAAUCCUAUCAGGAAUAUUGGGCCAGUGAUGAUUUUAUAAUACCUGAUAUUGUAUGUGCUUUCAAUCCCAACAUACAUCGGUCGUCUCUGUACAACGGCGUGGAACUCUGGUCGUCGACAAUUAAUUGCAUCUUCAAAUUAAAAAUACCCUUUCUUAUAACAUCUAGUACGAUUAAAGAACUAAAGAAUGAUCUAGAAGCGAUUAAGAAGAACACAGAAGUUGACUAUAAUGUUGUAUCAGAGGUCAAAUUGAAUCCAUUUGCGAGUGUGAGACCUGAUAGAAAUUUUAUAACAGACGAUGAAUCCCCGCUUUUAUUUAAAAAUUAUUGUUUUUCCCUUUUAUGUGGUGCGUAAAU